UGCAACUCUUUCCGGGAAAGUUCUUAUUAGCGUAUUUAACAAUGGCUCCUCUCUCGGAAGCUUGACAUCUCUUCGACUCUCUCUCUCUCUCUCUCUCUCUCUCUCUCUCUCAUCUUCGACUUAUUCAGUACUGAACUCCCCAUUCAUACACAAACAAUAUCCACCGAUUUCUCAACCUCCCGUCUCACAAAAUCGUCCUUUUUCCCAAAGCCCAGAUCGCAAAAUCGAAUUUUUCCGAUUGCCCAGAUCGCAGAAUCGUGUUUUUUCGACCGAAGAUGGAGAACAACCAGCAAUCUUUCUGGCAGUUCAGCGACCAGCUGAGGUUACAUACAUCGAACCUGGCGAAUCUGUCUCUCAACGACUCAAUCUGGAGCACAAACUACGUCUCGAAACAUCCCGACCAGCGCAGAAACUUCGACAUCACUGUCGGAGGCUCCGCCGAGACGAUUCCUCUGGAAAAUCCGAAGGCGAAAGCCUCGGGCAUCAGUAACGUCUUCAACGACAAUAGCUGGAAGACCAACCCCUCCUCCGUCAACGACUUCACUUUCGGCCCUGUCGGCUCGAAACCCCUCCCCGAAGCGAGCCCGAUGGAGAAGUUCAAGGGAAAAGUCUCCGGCUACAAUAACAAUCCCUUCAACGAGGGCUGGAAAUUCAAUUCUCCGGUCAACAGUUUGAUGUUUUCUCCGGCAUCCGAACCGAAAUCGACCUCUGUGAACGGCGGUUUCAACAAGGGGAUUUACCCUUCGCCCAAAAGCUACGGCAGCUACAACGUGAAUCUGAAAGGGGGCUACAAGAACAAAGGGUUGGAUGAAGAGUACGCGUCCAAGGGGGGGAAAAAGAGCAACAAGAAGAAUCAGAACCAUAACAAGAACGAAGAAGGUGGGAAAGACGGCAAGAGCAGUGCCGAGAAGAGAUUCAAGACUCUGCCUCCGUCAGAAGCUUUGCCCAGAAACGAAACCAUUGGUGGAUACAUAUUCGUCUGCAACAAUGACACCAUGGAGGAGAAUCUCAAACGACAGCUGUUCGGACUGCCGCCAAGGUACAGGGACUCGGUUAGGGCGAUAACGCCGGGACUUCCACUCUUUCUUUACAACUACUCCACUCACCAACUCCACGGAAUUUACGAGGCGGCGAGCUUCGGAGGAACAAACAUCGAUCCGAAAGCGUGGGAAGACAAGAAAUGCCCCGGCGAAUCUCGAUUCCCAGCUCAGGUGAGGGCAAUAACGAGGAAAGUGUGUGAGCCGCUGGAGGAAGACUCGUUCAGACCUAUACUGCACCACUACGACGGUCCCAAAUUCCGUCUCGAACUCAGCGUUCCCGAGGCCCUUUCGUUGUUGGACAUUUUUGCUGAGCAAAGCCCCUGAACCCAUGGAGAUGGAGAAUAAGAGAGAGUCCGCAGACAAAAUCUGAAGCAGUGGCUCUCCGUUGCCAUACAGAAAACAAAUACUAAAUAUACAGUUUACAAAGAGUAUUAAUUAAACAAGCGAUCUUAUGUUUACAAGAGACCCCUUUUUUUUUCCAUAACAUCGUUUUGUUAGGGUUUUUUUUCGGAGAGAUGUGAGGCAGGCCGGUUGUGUAAAUUAAAUUAAAAAAUGUCAUACAAUCCACAAGAAAACGACAUAUUCUUUUGUGUUUCUUCAUGUCUAUUUACAAAAUAUCUAUUUCUCUUCA